CGACACCGACCGACCGAGAAGCUGCUGCAGAGCGAACCCCGCGCAGCCCGGACCGUGAUCCCCCUGCCCGCAGCACCAUGGCAUCUGGCGUAGCAGUCUCUGAUGGAGUGAUCAAGGUCUUCAAUGACAUGAAGGUGCGGAAGGCCUCCACCCCUGAGGAGGUGAAGAAGCGCAAGAAGGCGGUGCUCUUCUGCCUGAGCGAGGACAAGAGGAACAUCAUCCUGGAGGAGGGCAAGGAGAUCCUGGUGGGGGACGUGGGUGAGACAGUCGACGACCCCUAUCUGCACUUUGUCAAGAUGCUCCCGGAGUCGGACUGCCGCUACGCCCUCUACGACGCCACUUACGAGACCAAGGAGAGCAAGAAGGAGGAUCUGGUCUUUGUCUUCUGGGCCCCAGAUUGUGCCCCCCUCAAGAGCAAGAUGAUCUACGCCAGCUCCAAGGAUGCCAUCAAGAAGAAACUCACAGGUAUCAAGCAUGAGUUGCAAGCAACCUGUUACGAGGAGGUGAAGGACCGCUGCACCUUGGCCCAGAAGCUGGGCGGCAACGCCGUCGUCAGCUUGGAAGGGAAGCCCUUGUGAGCCGCUCCCAGUGCCAGUUUAUACCGGAGCUUCCAUGUUAAUCAGUCC